AGAGAGCCGCUUGUCAGAGGCCGCUUGUGUUUGUCAAAAUUAAAAAAAUUGCAAAAGUAACCGGCCGGUCGGUGUUUGCAGAAAUAUUAUCAAGGGAAGAAACUAGAAUAACCAUGGAGGAAACGAUUUUAUUCCCUUCGCCAAACUGGUUUCAAGCAUCGUGUUUAGCAGUGAGUCGGGAUGGAUGGCUUAUAUACGGCGGACCAAGUAAAAGUCUUUGUGCUUUGGAGCCCCUACCCGCUGAUCACGACGGUUUUUUACUUGGAAAACACAAUUUCAAAGCACAUGUAUUGAAUAGAGCCCAUCCUGAUAAGAUUGUUUGUGUAGCCAUAUCUCCUGACUGGCCUGAAAAGAGAGAUGUUUUGGCAGGCAGUGCUGAUGGCUUAGUAAAACAAUGGACUCUAGAGCAAGUUGAUAAUAAGUGGAAAUUGAAGGGAACACAGAGUCAUGACAAACACCAACAUGACAAGGAGGAGGUAGUUGGUGUGGCAUAUUCUCAUGAUUCCUAUGCAGUCACAGUGGGAACUUAUGGCAAUCUCGUGAAAUGGGACAUCAAAUCCAAUGUAGUGAAGAUGUUCAGAAACCUUAAAGGUUUCAGACCUAGUUGCCUUUCAUGCUCUCCACAUAUCCCUUUAAAUAUUGCUGUUGGCACAAAACAAGGAGUAGUCUUUGUAAUAGAUUUAACUGGUUCUGGAAAAACACUAUAUAAAGUACGAGGACAAGAUGAAGAGAUAACUAAUGUCAGUUGGUGUCCACAAUAUGAGGUUUUAGUGAAGAAAGCAUUGGGUGAGAAUGAAAACCAAGAGAACAUGGUUGCACCAAAGAGAAUGAUGAAGAUCAGACAGGUGACUGAUGAAGAAAAACUACAAUUUUCAGAGGGAGAAAAAGAACAAGAGCCUAUAGAUGCAAAUGAAGGAAAUAAAGAGACAGAGGUUAAAAAUGAAAAUGCUGAGGUAUUAAAUCAAAAGACUGAAGACAAUGCUAAUGUUCUAGAAGACUCUGGUAUUGUGAAAAAUCUUCCUGAGGACAGUUUCGAUGAGACUGUUGUCCCUGAUGAUGACAUGUUUGAUAUUUAUAAAGACCAUGAAGCAGAUGAGUUUGGCCAUAAAAAAUAUCAACCAGAGGACAUUGUAAUUAAAGUGAAAGAAGAGGCUAAACCUGAUGAUUAUUUAGCUGAAUGCUUGAAAUUAAAGGAAGAAAUAUUGAAAAGAAAAAAUCAGCAGGAGCAAACUAUGGAGGCUCUUGUUAAUGCUUUUGAUGAAGCUCAUUUAGAUAAGACAAAUGUGCCUUCCACUAGUGACACACAAAUUUCCAAUAAACAAUUGAAGCCUGAGGAAGAUAGUACAGUGGUUAUUGUCAAAGAGGCACGAGGCAAUUAUAGUGUUCAUGUGCACAAACAUUUGCUAGCUACUGUAAGCAAAUUUGGGAGUGUAAGAAUCUGGUCAAAGUCGGGCAAGCUGGUGGCGUCCUGUGCUGUCCCACAGCAACAACACAACAAGAAUGUGAGGAUGAAGUCCCCCUCCUGGGCGACCAUCCUGUGGUUCAAGUCUGAUGUGCUGCUCAUUGCCGAUGGGAAGAAUCAGUUGCUAGAGUGCAGUCCGCUUAAUAUUGAUAAUAGAAACAGAUUGAGCUGGAAUGUUGUCCACACAUUCCACAAGCGAGGAUUAUUCAGCAUCGCGACGGACGCGCCGCGCGUGCAGUCGGCCGACCAGUCGUUUGACGAGUUUACUGUGUGGACGACAGGACAGGACCGAAACAUUGUCUGCUACUCCCUGGCUAAGAAAGAGAAGUUAGCAAUGUUUGCUACCUGCGGAGGAUUCAUUUAUAAUAUACAGGCUUGCCCAUAUGGAGCUGGAAAGAUAGCAGCAAGUGUGGGCGACGGCGCUGUCCGUGUGUGGGAGACGGACAUAUCCGCCGACGGCAAGCUGUCGCGGGGCAGGGUCGCCAUGCACUGGCAGCAUGUGCAGGGCAAGGUGCUGUGUGUGGCCUGGCAUCCUCAUGCUGAGAAUCUGGUCGCGUUCUCAACUGCUGAGUCACGGGUGGGUCUAAUCGACACAAGCGCCAAAGUUGAGAAUCGUACCCGCAACUUAAUAUCGGGUCUUACUGGACCCGUGUACUCUCUGUGUUGGGGGGACGACAACGACUUGUACGCGUGUGGCGGGGGCGUCCUUGUCAAGUAUAAUACUAAGAACGUGGACGAGGCUCCGACGCCGAUCGCGGUGACGUGGGAGGGCAAGCAGUGGGAGCUGAGCGCGGUGUCGGGUGGGGCGGGUGUGGGGUCGGGGUCGGGGGCGGGGGCGAGGGCGCUGCUGGCGGGCGGGUGCGCGGGCGCCGUGGCCGUGCUGGCCCGCGACCCGCCGCACGCGCCGCGCGCCGCUACGCACGUCUUCAGCAAGAUGAUCCACACUAUGGACUGGCACCCGCAGCAGACCUCAAGCUCGUCCGAGGACUCUCCUCUCAAGAAUCUCAUCGCUGUCUGCUCUCUGGACAAGCUGAACACUGUUGUCAUAUUAGAAUAUGUCGAGAAAGACGAUGGCAGCGCACAGUUGACAACUUGGAAGACAUUGAGCGGUCACAAGGGUGUGGUGCAUCAGGUGGCGUGGAGUCCGCACAGCGACGGACUGCUGUUGUCCACCUCUCAGGACACCACUGUCCGGGUGUGGGACGCGGUGUCGGGCACCAACACGCACACGUUCCCCGGACACGCGGGCGGCGCAGCGCUGGCGGCGCUGUGGAGCUCGUAUCCGCAGCUGCGGCGCGCCGUGCUGUCCGGCGGCGGCGACUGCUGUCUGCGCUUGUGGCGGCUCGACGGCUACCCCAACACCGGACACAUCGACCUUACUCAAGAGCCCGCAAAGAAGAAGAAGCACAAGAGAACAGGUCAUAAAACCGAGGAAGCAGUCGAACAAGAAGAGGAGGUCAAUGUCGCUACGCAAGAAUCUAAAUUAAAGGCGUCCAAAAGAUUCCUACUCCCUGUGUUGACUAGGCAAAUGGCUCCGUGCAGCAUACAGGGUGUCAGGAAGAUGUUGCAGAAGUAUCUAGAAAAGAAAAAUGGCGACAAUCCCACCGCCCCGGCGGAGGAUAUGGAACAGAGCUACAAUGUUAAUUAUAUCAAGAUUUUCGGCAGUAUUAAGGAGGUCAACGAAUUACUAGAUGAGGAAUUGGAGCGGCACGUGGACACGGGCAACUUCGAGGCGUGGGCGAUGCUGUCGCUGUUCCGCGGCCGCGUGGACGACGUCAUGCGCAGCGCCGCCGCCCGCGACCUGCUGUGCCCCUUCCUGUUGUCGCUGGCGCCCUGUGUCUCGCUCAAAUAUUGGAAGGACGUAUGUCAGUUGUACCUGGAACAAAUUGAUAGAUUAGUCGCCAAAGGAGAAGAACACAAGCUUGCUGUGGGGCGCGCGUACGGCGGCGCGCGCGUGCGCGCGGCGAGCGUGCGCCUGAGCGCGCACGACGUGCGCGGCGCCGUGCGCGUGCUCGCCGACGCCAAGCUCUACAAGGAGGCCUACGUGCUCUGCCGCACCAGAUACAUGGACAGUAUUGCCGAAGACGUACUGAAACAAUGGGCCGAAGAUUGCUUCAAUGUGGGAUCAUUCAAUACUGCUGCUGUGUGCCACGUCGCUCUAGGCAAUUUGUCAGAAGCGGCUAAUAUUUUAAGCAGAUCCAAAGAUGAGAACUGGUUGAGUUUGGCCACGGAGAUGGCAAAAAUUGUUGGUCAGAACACUUUCGCUGAUCACAUAGCGGAGAAACGAGAGCAAAUAAAGAACAAUGCGCCUUCAGAUAUAGUUGAAGAAAUCGAAAGUUUACCCUCAAGAAUAGAGCUACUGAUGAAAGAUAGCGCCGUAAAAGACACGAAAGAGGAAGGACAGGGUGAUGUAAAUGAUGAUAGAACCAAUGAUGGAAGCAUCGAACAUAAUAUUAGUAAAGAGGGACAAGGCGACAUCGAAUGUCGUGCUGAGAGCAAUCCCAUAAAAGAUUAUAAUCUUCCGAAAGAAGAAAAAGGUGAAAUCCUGGUAGGUACUUUGGCAGAUGCAAAAGAAAGUGACGGUGAAAGAGUAGCGGUGCUAAAUAGUAAUCGGGGCGACGCUGUGAAAUAAAACGAAUUUAAUCUGUGAUUAAUUAAUAUUUAACAGUAUUUAAUAAGUAUCAUUGUGUCAGUGUAAUGAAUGUGCGAUCACAAAGAAAACAUUUUGAAUGUGUAUCAUUUGUUACUUUUCGCUCCACUGUUGGGCAAGUGUUUUUAUUACCAGUUUUUAAAUCUUAAGACUGUUUCAGUAUCAGUUUUUAAUAAUUUGUUUUGUAGUUCCGUACGUCCUCAUUGUUCUUGUUUGCCAAUCAAGCCUCAAAUAAAAGAAGGCAAAAUAUUUUCAAAUUGUUGUUUCGAUUUUUCUUACUUUUUAUUUUCAAAAAUCUGUUUCAAUUAGGAAGUUCUUGUUUUCAUUUUUUAAUAAAGUUGAUUUUUCGAAC